CACUGUUCAAAAAUCCGGGGUCAAGCCGCAGUGUGUUAUCUGUGCCAAGGUUUUGAGCCAUGAGAGCAUGAAGCCCAGCAAACUGAAGAUCCAUUUGAAGUCUUGUCACAGCGACCUGGCGGGGAAGGGCAUGGACUAUUUCAAACGAAAAGAAGCCUCUCAAGGGUUCCCGCAUCGAUUUGACAGGUCACUGCGCUCGUCAAAAUGAAGCAGCGCUGGAGGCUUCAUACCGGAUUGCUUAUCGAAUCGCACAGACUAAGAAACCUCACACCAUCGGUGAAGAGCUUAUCAAGCCAUGUCUUCUCAAAGCAGCGAAGUUGGUGCUGGGGGAACAGCAGUCAAACAAGUUCAGGCAGAUUUCACUUUCGAAUGACAGUCAAAAGUUGAAUCUCGGAUAUCAGUAAUGAUAUUCUGCUGCAAGUAAUGAGCGCUGUGAAGAGCAGUCCAGAAUAUUGACUGCAACUGGACGAGUCAACAGAUGUUGCCUCAACAGAGAAGCCAUGAAGGAGGAGUACCUGUUCUCAGAGCCAUUGGCUACUACCACUCGGGGAAAAGAUGUGUUCAGAAUGCUGGAAGCCUUCCUCAUCAAACAUGAGCUUGGCUGGGAACGCCUUGUUGGGGUGUGUACAGAUGGGGCACCUUCCAUGGUCGGAUACAGAUCCGACUUCAAAGCCUUCGUGAAGGAUGUCGACCCCCAUAUCUCCUUCACCCACUGCAUGAUACAUCGCCAUGCUUUAGCGAUGAAGAAUCUCCCUCCUGGUCUUCGAGAAGUGCUUUCAGAUGUGGUGAAGAUAGUGAACCACAUCCGAGGGAGCGCAACAAACUCAAGAAUCUUCAAAGCGAAGUGUGAAGAAAUGGACGCCGAUUUCACUGUCCUGAUAUUCCACUCAGAGGUGCGCUGACUUUCGUGUGGUAAAGUUCUCAAUCGAAUGAUUCAACUACGAGAGGAAAUAUCGCUGUUCUUGGAGAGAGGGUGUACCGAGAUGGAGAAUCAGCUGCAUGAACAGAUGCAGGAUGAACUGUUGGUGAUGAAGGUUGCUUACUUGGCUGACUUCUUCGCCAAGGUGAAUUCCUUGAACCUGUCACUUCAAGGAAACCUCCCAAUGCUACACACGG